UGGACUGUGAUGGAUCUCUUCCAGAGUUUAUUCCAGCCUCGAGCACAGUUGCCCUUGUGUUUACUGCAAAUGAAAAGACCAGUGUGUAUAAUGCCACCCCAUGCUGGCAGUCAAGCUGUGCCCCCUCCGGAUGGAGGCUGGGGCUGGGCCAUAGUGUUUGGAGCCUUCAUCUCAAUCGGCUUCUCCUACGCUUUCCCCAAAGCCACUACUGUUUUCUUCAAGGACAUUCAGAAAAUCUUUGAUGCAUCAUACAGCCAAGUUGCCUGGAUCUCCUCUAUCAUGCUGGCUGUCAUGUAUGCUGGAGGUCCUGUAAGCAGUGUCCUUGUAAACACAUAUGGCAGCCGGCCAGUAAUGAUAAUGGGUGGAUUCCUGUGUUCCAUCAGCAUGAUUGCUGCCUCGUUUUGCAACAGUGUCAUCCAGCUCUACAUCUGUAUUGGAGUGAUUGGUGGUCUUGGUCUUGCCUUCAACCUCCAGCCAGCUUUGACCAUGAUUGGGAAGUACUUUUUCAAAAAGCGUCCCAUUGCUAAUGGCUUGGCCAUGGCAGGUAGCCCUGUCUUUUUAAGCACCCUAGCUCCCUUAAACCAGUACCUCAUCAAUGCUUUUGGCUGGAGAGGCAGCUUUCUUAUUCUUGGGGGGCUUUUGCUCAACUGCUGUGUGGCCGGAUCCCUUAUGAGGCCACUGCCACAGCCUUUGACAAAACAUGACACCAAACAUGGCAAAGAGGCUCCAGCUGCUAAGACAACAAAGCCUACAGUGUGGCAAAUUAUAAACAAAUACCUUGACUUGUCACUCUUCAAGCACCGGGGCUUCCUCAUCUACCUGUCAGGAAAUGUCAUUAUGUUUGUGGGCUUCUUUGCCCCCAUUGUCUUCCUUUCUCCAUAUGCCAAGGACAACGGUAUAGAUGAGUACUCGGCAGCCUUCCUGCUCUCCAUCUUAGCAUUUGUGGACAUGUUUGCUCGUCCUUCCAUGGGACUGCUGGCAAACACACGCUGGGUGCGGCCAAAAAUCCAGUACUUCUUUAGCUUUGCUGUCCUCUAUAAUGGUGUGUGCCACAUACUGUGCCCACUGGCUGAGUCCUACACUGGCAUGGUAGUAUAUGCUGUGUUCUUUGGGUUUGCCUUUGGCAUGGUGAGCGCUGUGCUCUUUGAGACACUCAUGGACCUGGUAGGACCUCAGAGGUUUUCAAGUGCUGUAGGUCUCACCACUAUCGUGGAGUGCUGCCCUGUGCUUAUUGGACCACCUCUGGCAGGGAAACUAGUGGAUAUUACUAAGGAAUACAAGUAUAUGUACAUAUGCUGUGGUGCUAUAGUCAUCUUUGCCAGCAUCUGGCUUUUCAUUGGCAACUUCAUCAAUUACCGUCUGCUGGAGAAAGAACGCAAGCAGGAGAUGUACAAGCAAGCAGAGCUCGAAGAGCCUGACAAGGGACCUGAUUGCACAGAAGAUGGACAGGCAUCUGAGGAACUCUGCAGGAAAGGCGAAGAUGCUGUGCAGAGAGAAACAAGCAUUUAA